UCUUUCAACAAUCAAAAAAACAAAAAAAAAGAUUUUUUUUCACUUCAGCAUACAUCACAUUUGAUCGAAUUAUCUAAAUAGAAAUGAAUCCCCCUUAACAACAAUUAAUUAUGUCAUCUUGUGAACAUCUAUCAGUGGAUAGUCAUCAUCAUCAUCAUCAUCAUAAUAAACCUAAUGAACUGUAUACAUUAGAGGUACAAUCUAUUGAAAUAGUUGAUAAACUUUCAAAUCAUAUAACAGAAGAGAAAGUAAUUAAACGAGAUUAUUGGAAAGGAAAAAUUGAUUUUCUUAUUGCAUGUUUAGGAUUUUCAAUUGGACUUGGUAAUGUGUGGAGAUUUCCAUAUUUAUGUUAUAAAAAUGGUGGCGGUGCUUUCCUUAUCCCUUAUUUCAUCAGUGUAUUCUUAGCUGGUAUACCAUUAUUUCUAUUAGAAGUAACUGUUGGACAAGUAACACGUCGUGGAGUUAUUGCUGCUUGGAAUAUCUGUCCAUUGUUUCAAGGUAUUGGUUAUGCGUGUACAUUGAUUAAUUUCUUUCUCAAUUGCUAUUACACUGUGAUAAUGGCAUGGGCAUUUCAUUUUAUUUUUUCAUCAUUCACAAGUCAAUUACCAUGGACAAGAUGUGAUCAAUCAUGGAAUACACCAGCAUGUCGAGUUUUCACUAAUCAACCAAUAAAUUCAAGUACAAUUGAAAAUACUACUCAUAUUAGUAAUAUAAGCUUAAUAACAGUUGAUGCAACUACAGAAUAUUGGGAAUAUCGUGUACUGAGUAUAUCUGAUGGUAUACAUAAUAUUGGAACAGUAAAAUGGGAUUUAGCUUUAUGUCUUCUUUUCACUUGGAUUAUUAUAUAUUUAUGCAUUUGGAAUGGGAUUAAAACAUCGGCAAAAAUUAUGUAUGUGACUGCACUUUUACCAUAUGGAUUUAUGUUUAUUCUAUUAAUACGAACUGCUUUACUUGAUGGUGCUUCAAAUGGAUUAAUUCAUUAUUUAAAACCGGAUUGGUCGAAAUUAACAGAUAUGACAGUUUGGUCGGAUGCAGGAACUCAAAUAUUUUUUAGUUAUAGCCUCGGUUUAGGUGUAUUAACUUCAUUUGGUAGUUAUAAUCAAUUUCAUCAUAAUUCUUUACGGGAUUGCUGCCUAUUUGCACUGGUUAAUACAUUUACAAGUUUAUUAUCUGGAUGUGUUAUAUUUUGUACACUUGGUUAUAUGUCAUAUAUAUCAAAUAUACCAUUGAAUCAAAUAGCUGAAUCUGGUCCAGGACUUGGUUUUGUUGUAUAUCCAAAAGCAAUUGGUACUAUGCCAGGUAGCCCAUUCUGGUCAAUAUGUUUUUUUAUUAUGAUUAUCCUAUUGGGUAUUGACAGUAUGUUUGCAGGAGUUGAAGGUUUCAUUGCAGCUGCAGGAGAUUAUUUUCCUCAUGCUUUAACGAGCAAAAGGUUUCGUUGUAUAUUUGUCGGUUGUGUAUGUAUUGCAUCAUAUUUAGUUGGUUUAUCAAUGGUCACUAAUGGUGGAAUGUAUGUAUUUCAAUUACUUGACUAUUACAGUGGAAGUCGUAUUAUAUUGAUUGUGGGAUUGUUAGAAUCAUUAGUGAUUGGAUACAUUUAUGGUUACAAGCGUAUUUCAAAUGACAUGAAAAUGAUGUAUGGUUUCUCAUUAAAAUGGAUUACAUGCUUAUUCUGGUGUAUAGUAACACCAAUAUUUACUUUUGUUCUUUUCAUUAUCAGCGUUAUUGUCUAUGAGGAGUUAACUUAUAAACGGGCAUCAAUUCAUAAACCAUAUCGAUUCCCAGGAUGGGCUGUAAAAGUUGGUUGGCUUAUAGCUAGUUCCAGUGUACUUUUAAUACCACUUGUAAUGAUUAUUAAAAUUUUUCAAACAUCAGGAACACUUCUACAGAGAAUAAAAACUUUAUGUAUUCCAAUUAUCGAUAACAGUAAUACAGAGAUUUCAAAGUUCAAUGUAAUCACUUCAACUGGAACUUUAUACAAUCCAGAUGAAAAGACAAUGUAAUUUCUCAUCUCGAUUAUACACUAUUUAUGCUAUACAACUAAUUUUAUUUUAUAUAGAUACUACUUUUUUAAAUAUUACUUAAAUUCGUAUUCAGUAGUAAUGUAUUUCUUAAGUAAAUAUUAUUAUCAUCUAUGGAUCAGUUUUAAACACAAGAUUCUUCACAGAUAUUCUAUCCUAUUGAUAAAACAAUAUUCAAUAAUCAAUUCAAAGUAUCGAUUUCGGUGACUUUUUCCUUUAUUUUCUUUCUUCUUUUGUUUAUUGAAUAUCAAAAUGAAAAUUAUUUUAAGU